AACCCAUUGUGGUGGGACAGCACCUGUUGGUAUCUGCACACAUCUGUUGAUUCAUAGAACUGGAAAGCAAGACAACUCACCUUAUCUAGCUCUCAGAGACAACACGCUACAGUAUUAGAAUCUCCACAAACUGUUGAUCCGUGCGCAGAGAGGAGCUACAGGAGACUUCUGUUAGGUCCAACAGGACCUGAUUCUACAGCUCUGCCCCUGGGCCAUGGUACAUCAGAGUGCAGAAGCUGCAAUAUGAGCGUAACUCCAUCCACCACUCUGGACAGCCAGCUGACCAAUACCUGGGGUCCUUCUAACCCCUAUUCUGAUGGUCCGUUGGUCAUGUCUGGUUACACAAGCCGCCUGUGGUCUCAUGACUCCCAGCCUCAGUUCUGGAGUAAGCACCAGGUGUGGGAGUGGCUGCAGCAGGUCAUGGACAUACACCAGAUUGAUGCCGCUAGCAUUCCCUUCCAAAACUUUGACAUGGACGGCCAUCAGCUUUGCAGCCUGAGCUACCAGGACUUCAUCCACGCUGCUGGCAGUGUGGGACACAUUCUCUUCCACAGCAUCACAGAGCUCAAGUGGAGUGGGCACUACCAUGUGGAGAUAGGGCAACUGGAUCUUAAACCUGAAGUUGACUUCUGUCAAUUUCCAGAUGUUGCCUAUCCAACUGACAUCUAUGAUCCCUCACUUCACCCACUUGCACCUGAUGCUUCUCCCACCCCUUCUAGUCCUGAUAGUAAACGGCCUAUCAGAAGUCAAGUAAAAAAACACAACCCACGGGGAACUCACUUGUGGGAGUUCAUCAGGGAUAUUCUGCUGAACCCAGAGCGAAACCCAGGGCUGAUCAAGUGGGAGGAUCGGACAGAGGGUGUUUUCCGCUUCCUAAAGUCAGAGGCGGUGGCACAGCUCUGGGGAAAGAAGAAAAAUAACAGCAGCAUGACCUACGAGAAACUAAGUCGUGCAAUGAGAUAUUAUUAUAAAAGAGAAAUCCUAGAACGAGUAGACGGACGCAGACUGGUUUACAAGUUUGGAAGGAAUGCAAGAGGAUGGAGGGAGACAGAGAAGUGACAAUUCCAUUAAUUUAUAUUUUCUAUGCUGUUGUGUGUUAAAGUUAUGUUUUCAUAAAGUUUUCAUUGGCCAUUUAUUUUACAUAGAUGUGUUUGAACUGUUUACAAGUCUCUUCUCUUUAUGUUUACUUUUUCUUUCGGACCUUGUGUUGACACUGCACUGAGAUGUUUUAUUUACUAUGGCUUAUUAGCAUUAAAACCUGAAACAUGUGUUUACAUAAAAUCUACCAGGGGAAACAAAGAAACAAAAGGUUAGCAAAAAAAAAUCGAACAGCUAACAUAAAACACGGUGAAUCCUGUUUUCCUGUGAGAGCUGGUGAGAUAUUUUCUCCGGGUCAUAUAAAAGAGCACAUGUUGAGAAACUGUAGCCGUCAAAACCAUUGUGGCAAACAGAUGAAUGUUAAGUGUUUUGACACUGAUACUGUGAAAUGUCCUUUGGGAAGGAUGCUUAAUCUGAAUAAAUACAAAAAUAAGUCAAUAAUAAAUCAUAUCUUAUAUGUCCAAGCUGCAAUGAAGCGCAACUACACAUGUGAUAAACUAUUCUUAUUGAGAUGAAAUGAAACUGGUUUGCUUUAUUUUAUACUUUGCAUUCACUGAGCUGUUAGGAAAGUGUGGACAUGUAUGUUGAAAUAAAGAUUAUGAUUGUUUUUAUUUCA